AUGCCAGAUGCGCCGAGCAGUGCUAGUGGGAAGAAGUCCACAGAAGAGCCACCACCAAUACAGUGGCAGUUUAUUGACGCAUCUGACAACAGCAGGAGUACUCUGACUAAAGUAAAGCGCCAUGUUAUGCAGGAAUAUAUGCGUCAAAAACGGCAUGCAACCGGACAGUCUGCUGCUGAAAUCGGAGACAGUCCGUCGCACGGAGAGAAGACAGAACAGCAACAAAGGGCUAUUAUUCAGGUCAUGAAUACAACCGAUAACCAAACGGGUCGCACACAAGAUAGUGAAGCCUUUAAUUCUUCAGCGCAACAAGACUCGAGUGAAACGGUGGCAGAUCAUGCCACACAACACAGGGUCUUCUCGACUUCCAAGCCUACCAUUCGGCCAUACUAUGCAGGCAUGCCUUUCCGAAGCAAGACUGUGGAUCCCUCAUCGAAUUCUCCCAAGGCCUACUGCCUGUCUCAAAGCAGUACCUCGGACACCAGUACUCCAACGCCAUCAUCGUCAGCGCCAACGACACCAGGAGAUGUAGCGUUGUCACCAAAGACAAUGCUGAGUGCUGCACGAACAGAUCCGUUCAACACCCUGCCCCUUGAGCUGGACCUUGAAGGUCAAAGACUCUUUGACUUCUAUGUCAAUGAAAUGCCUGCUUGCUCAUAUGGAAACCACUUCCGGUCAGCCAAGGCGCAUAAUUGGUACACAGCAGUAUUUGUCCCUGAAGGAAUGAAAGGACCUGUGGCUUUUCAGAACACGAUACUUGUUCAUGCGGCUAAUACAUGGGUCUGGGUUCGAAAUGAGGAGCCGGACGCGACAGCUCUGUAUCACCGUGACCGUGCGAUUACCAUGCUUCGAGAGCUCAGGGACAGGAACCCGAAUGAUAUUUCUGAUGAAGCGAUUAUAGGUUGUAUAAGCGCUGCAGGUCUUGAAGACUUUGAUCCCAGGCCUGGUCAUAAGCAGACUAGCUGGCUUCAUAUGCGAGCAGCAAGAGAGAUGAUUCGUCUCCGUGGCGGGCCAUCUGCCUUUCACAAAACAAGACUCGGAAUGCUAAUAAAUUGGCAAGAUUAUAUUCUUUCAGGCUAUGAGACUGAGGGACCUAGCUUCUUUUUCGAAUACAAUCCUCCAGCCAUACUACAGAGGCCAGCCAUUCAAACUGGACCACUAGUAUCGCGUCAGCGGCCGCUUCCAAAAAAGGUGACGUGCACUAUGUCGUUCACUGAGCAUAAUAUUACCCGAUACCCCAUAAUCUCCCCAGUCGCUGAGAUUGAACAUCAGUGCAGCGAGUUCAUCAGCUUCCUCAAACGCUGUGAGCAGCUUGCUAUACACCAGCGAACAGCCACUAACUCAACCAUCGCACCGAUGCGUCACACGGCAUUCCAAUCAAAUUCAUUGUUGUAUCAGAUACUCGCAGCACCUCCCGGGCUGCGCUUUACAGCAUCGGGUAACCGCAAACAGUUUGUUGCACGACUAGUUGCGUUAAUUAUGCUCAAUGCUGGCUUGUGGGAUUACCGGAACUCUGUUUUGUAUAGCGAGGCCUUUCUCAGAAACUUGGAGCAGACUGUCUUGAAGUGCGAAGUGAACAUGAGCGGCCCAGUAGAAGCAUUACUGCAAAUAAUGCUCGCAUGUGAGGACGGUUCGAUCGAAUUUCCUGAGUCGACGCGCCAUCCUGGGGAUUCACCCGAAUUCACACAAUACUCCCCUACUGCUCAGACGCCUUACGAUCGGCCAUGGUUUGCAGGUCGGAUGCUCAAAGUGGUCAAACGGCUCAGCUUUGGUAGCUGGAUGAAUGUGAACUACUUCCUUUUCUCCUGCUUAACGUUGCAUACGGGGAUACCUUCGGUCUCAAUUUGGGAGGAUAGCUUACGGAAAGAAAUUCUUAGUGCGCCUCUCACUAGUUACGUUAUGCCGGCCCUCCAAGGCCUGUAA